AUGCACAUUAGUAAAAGCGAUUAUGAGUUUCUGGGUCCAUACGAGGUGGUGAACUGCCUGGAUAAUGGACGCUAUGAAAUUAAGAAGGUUGGCACGAACAUCGUGACGAAAGCAGCCAAGGAGCAGCUCAGACGAUGGCCUAUACAAUGGGCUUUGAAUGUUGACAUGAAUGAAGUAUUGGAUUUUCUGGAGUCAGAAAGUGACUCAGUUGAAAGAGAAGUCAGAGCAUCAACUAAUUCGACUCCACUGCAAUUACUCUUGGGAAUCCAAAGUUCGACACCAUUGAUACAGGCGUUAUUGAAAAAUGUGUCAAAGGAUCUGUCUUCAAUAAGAAACCGAGAUUUGGAUAGACAGCGAGUAGCAGAAAAAUUGUCCUCGACACGUGAUCUGAACGAUGUUAAUAAGAGAAGAAGAGAUAACGUUCAGUACUCGCCUGGUGACUUUGUGCUGAUGCACCGUGAUUCUCAGAUGCACAUUAGUAAAAGCGAUUAUGAGUUUCUGGGUCCAUACGAGGUGGUGAACUGCCUGGAUAAUGGACGCUAUGAAAUUAAGAAGGUUGGCACGAACAUCGUGACGAAAGCAGCCAAGGAGCAGCUCAGACGAUGGCCUAUACAAUGGGCUUUGAAUGUUGACAUGAAUGAAGUAUUGGAUUUUCUGGAGUCAGAAAGUGACUCAGUUGAAAGAGAAGAUAAGUCUUCUGGAGAAAAAUGCGUCGAGAGCGUCGCAGUUGUCAGGAAGGCCGUGUAAGAAAUCGAAUACACGAAUAUGGUGAGCCGCUGCCGGUCAAAGGGGAUAAGCGCUGAGUAAACAUAAACGACAGCCGAGAUUUGAAGCUGUGGUACUCAGGCAAU